AAAAUUAAAAUUAGACAUUCUUAUUAUUGUUAUAUCUAUGGUGAUACGCAUUGACCAAUAGAUUAACGUUCCUCAAAAAAAAUUUCGUAUAUUGAGUUAAAGAUUAUUGUUAUAAGGGUUAAACCGAUGAUAUAAAAUUUAAACGGAUCUCGACUUGGAGAUCGAAAAGUUACAAAAAAAAAGAAAAGAAAUAUCAUGACUUGGCUCGGUACGAUCGCUAAUAAUGUGUUACGGAAUAUUGUUUUUACGGUUCCUCCACCUAAUAUAGUUUUAACUGUCAAAACCGAUCAAUAUAGUAAUCGGCUUAUUCAUUGUCGAGAGGAUGGUAUUGUGUUAUAUAGACCUGGGGAUAAGGGUAUUGAAAAUAAAUAUGAGAUCAUACUUCAUAGACCCUGCACAGAAACGUUGGAUCAAGCUUAUAGCUUGUAUCGAACGGACGAUAUGAUAGAUGGUGAAACACGUUUCUUGAUAUACAAAGAUAAAGUUCCUGUUUUAGUUCAAAUAUCACGCGAGAUGAGCAAUGUAAGCAAGAUACAGAGAUUAUGCGACACUCUAGUAGAACAUCCGACAUGGACGUUGGCGCAUUUAGCUGCUCAUUUCGCUCUCUACGAGGCAUUUAAAAAUACGGUGGUAAAUAGUCAAUUGAAUAGCAGCGACUUAGACACAGGAGUAUCGCCGUUACAGGUAGCAGUACAAACAAAAAAUUUACGAACCGUGCAAAUGCUCAAAGCUGCUAAUAGUUCGUUGGAACAUACGGACAAGCAAGGGAAUACGGUGUAUCAUUACGCAGCUACGUCAACCAAAGAUAUUAUUUUAACGAUCAAAGGUUUAUCCAAUAGUUUGAAUAGUCGAAAUAAUGACGGUUAUACCCCGUUACAUAUCGCUUGUAUGAACGACGAACCCGAAUGCGUGAAGGCUCUCUUGUUAAUUGGAGCAGACGUUAAUAUUCCACCAUCAGAUGGACAACCUUCUAGUCCAGGAUACGUAGGCGACUUUUUACAUAAUAAACCUAAUGUACUUUAUUCGGAAGAUAUGAGAUUCGGUGGUACGCCCUUGCAUUGGUCUCACAGUAGACCGGUUGUGAAUGCUUUAAUCGAGCACCAUGUGGAUAUAGAUGCUGUCAAUUUCCAAGGACGUACAGCUUUACACGUUAUGGUAAUAAGAAAACGUUUGGAUUGCGUGGUGGCUUUGUUGAGUCACAUGGCUUCCGUGAACAAAGUCGAUCAAGACGGUAAUACUCCAUUGCAUUUGGCGGUCUCUUCGGGCACAAUAGCUGUGGUGCAAGUUCUCGUUGGGUUUGGAGCUGACAUCAAUGCAAGAAAUUGGAAGUCGGAAACACCAAGACACAUGGUUAAUCUUAAUAACAGCGAUGGCCAGAAGAUACUUUACAUCUUGCAUGCCGUUGGUGCUCAACGUUGUCAAUCCGACAUGAAGGACUGUAAUUUAGGAUGUAAAUACAAUGAGAAUUACAACGGGAUUAUACCGAACGAAGUGCCAAGAUCCGUUCCACGUACUACCUUGGAUCAAAUGUUACACGUAUCGGGUAUGGAAACAAUGGCAUCAUUGGAAAGAAGGAAGAUGAAAGGUGGAAGAUUGUUGUGUCUCGACGGUGGUGGAAUACGUGGUUUGGUAUUGAUACAAACCUUGUUAGAAAUCGAGUCGAUCUUGAAGAAACCAGUGAUAGAAUGUUUCGAUUGGGUUGCUGGUACGUCGACCGGUGGAAUCUUAGCUCUUGGUUUGGCAUCGGGAAAAUCAUUGAAGGAAUGUCAAGCUUUGUAUUUCCGUAUUAAGGAAGACGCUUUCGUAGGUUUCAGGCCGUACAACAGUGAAGGUUUAGAGAAUAUAUUAAAAGAUUGUUUAGGUCCGGAAACAGUAAUGGCUGACAUAGACAGACCUAAAUUAAUGAUAACAGGUGUAUUGGCCGAUCGCAAACCUGUAGAUCUACAUCUUUUUCGUAAUUACGAGUCACCUAGUGAAUUAUUAGACGUCCCAAGGAAUACAGAUUUCAAAGCCACGUUAUCACCCUCGGAACAAUUAUUAUGGAAGGCUGCACGUGCAACUGGCGCUGCUCCCUCGUAUUUUCGUGCUUUUGGUAGAUUCCUCGAUGGUGGACUUAUUGCUAAUAAUCCGACAUUGGAUGCCAUUACUGAGAUACACGAAUAUAAUUUGGCCUUGAAAGCAGUUAGACGAGAAUCCGAAGUCGUACCAUUGUCAUUGGUUGUUUCUUUGGGUACCGGUUUGAUACCGGUUGAACCAUUAACCGAUAUAGAUGUAUUUAGACCAGAAGGUUUAUGGGAUACAGCUAAAGUAGCCAUGGGUAUUACUGCUUUAGGAUCUUUACUCGUAGAUCAAGCUACUGCUAGCGAUGGAAGAGUUGUUGAUCGUGCUAGAACCUGGUGUUCUAUGAUAGGUGUACCGUAUUAUAGAUUUAGUCCGCAAUUAACAAUGGAAGUAGCCAUGGAUGAGAAGAAAGAUGAAAUAUUGGCGGACAUGAUAUGGACAGCUAAGGCCUUUAUGCAUGCCAAUAGAAAUCAAGUUCAGGAAUUAGCUGCUGUUAUUAAUCGAGACGCGUAGAUUUUUAUUCAGAAUCCGGGAGUUUAUUUUUUGCUCUUUCUUUCUGUCUUUCUUUCUUUCUUUCUUUUCUUUUCUUUUUUUGCAUCGUUUAUCUAUUAACGCGUUUAAUAUAUUUAUGGAAGCGUACAUUUUUAUUUUUAUUUUAUUUUAUUUUAUUUUAUUUAUUUUUUAUUUGGUUUGUUUCAUAUACAUAUAUAUAUAUAUAUAUACAUAUACAUCGGUGAAAAUAUCGUUACUUUGAUCGAAUUGGUUUAUUUAUUUAUUUCUUUCUUUUUGUUUUUAUAUUAAUUGCAUACGAAUUAUAAUAUGUAUCUAACGAUAUUUGUUUUCUUUUUUUUCUUUUUCUUUCUUUUUUUCACUUGGCAUAUUCAUUCGGAAAGAUAUUUCUUGAAUUUUAUUAUCUCGAAUAUUCGUUUAUUAAAAAUAUCUCCGGUACAACAAUUGAGAUUAAUCGUUUAAAUAGUUCGUGCAUUGUCAAAAUGUAAUUUAUUCAAAAACAAAAAAAAAAAAAACAAAAAAAAACAAAAAAGAAGAAAGAGAAAAAAAAGAUAGAUCUUACAUACUUUCAUUAAUUUUUUUCUUUCUUUCUAUCUUUCUUUCUUUACUUUUCUUUUUUUUUCCCUUUCGAGAGAACUUUACGAUCAUAUCAUUUUAACGCACAGUUCGUUUACGUUACGUUACAAAAAAAAAAAAAAAGAAAAAAAGAAAAAAAAAGGAUCGAUUGAUUAGUUAAGAGAGGUAAGAAAAAAAAAAAAAUAUAUUGUGAUCUCUCUUUUUCUCUAUUACACACGUAGUAUAUAGAUAGAUAAUUUAAUUUUUUAUAUUAAUCCUUUUGUAUCUUUCGUGCGUUAUAUUAUAUCAUAAAUAAAUAUAAAACGUAGAAAACGUAGAAACGUUUGAGAGGUCUCGUAGAAAAUGUUUCAGGGAAUAUAAAAUAACACGAUUAGAUGAUAUUUACGAAUUGUGUAUUUUAUUGGAAAUCCAUGCGGAUAGAAUAAAUACAGAAAAUUGAAAAUGAAAAAAAA